GUUUACAUACCAGAAAUACGUCGUGCAGACGAAGCGCAUCAUGCUUACGCUACUGACCGAACUGCGGUUCUGGUCCACCAGAGAGGACAUCGUCAUCAAGGAUAGCGAUCUGGGCACGACGAAAUAUUACGACAAAAAGCUCGAAUCAAGCCGAACGCUGUACGGUGAAGGAAAGCGUCAGUACUGUGAGUCGCGUGGCCUAAAAUGGAGCCUGGACAACAAGAAACCGAACAAAUUACGCCACUCGCUGCGUGUGUUGGAGGAAGAGCUGCGACAACGGCGGCUCGUAUACUGCAAAUGGAAGAACAACGUUAUUCUGCAGCUAAUGCUGUCCAAUGGGCUGCUGAUUUACGUCUCGAUCAACCCAUUCAGCGGCGAUAUAUGUCGGAUCUACUUCGACAAGUAUCUGAUCGGCAAGCUGGUGUCGGAGCAUAUCACCGACGUGGUUAUAACACAGAAUCACAUUCUGGUAGCGUACCACGAGAAUCAGAUAACGUUCGUGCAGCUACAGAAACCAACCACCCGCAAAAACCACCCGGAGAAGAUCAGUCUGAUGGAGCCGAAGAUCUGCAACGUGCUGCUGAGCGGUGCUAGCUCUACUUCGCGCAAGGUACCCAAGCGGCUGGUAUGUAGCAGUAGCCUCAAUCUGGUGAUCGUCUGGACGAAAUCGUCCCAGAACGAGGUGUACCCUUGGCGGCCCACAAUAAAGGAUCAGGAUCGGGCCAAUCUGCACGUCUAUAAGCUGGCCGGCGCACGGAUGGAGCUGCUUUGCUAUUACUGGACCGAGUACGAUCCGAUUUCGGUGCAAUUUUCACUGCUAAACGACUACCAGGUGCACUGCGUUGAGCAGAAGAUUUCCAAAAAGGGUGAGGUAACGAUUGACAGUUGCAUUUAUCAAAUCAACAAAACGAAGAUGCGGCGUGUUGCGGUCACCUCCAUUCCACUCCAAACGCAGGUUUGCUGCAACGCACUCAGUCCCGACCACGAGAAGCUUAUGCUCGGCUGUAUCGACGGUUCCAUCGUCCUUUUCGACGAGGGUCGUGGUAUCACACACCUCGUGAAGGCCGCUUUCAUUCCCACGUACGUUGCGUGGCACAGCGACUCGUCGGUGGUGGUGAUAGCGAACGAAAAGUGCCAACUUCAGUGCUUCGACAUAGCGCUCUCCUGCGUGCGGAUGCAGUUGCUGAGUGACGAAGACGCCAUUCCGUCCGGUACCUUCGACUUGUCGAACCAUUUCGGUCACCCGCACGCCCCGACCCUCAAUCUAGCGCGAUUGUGUUGGACCCGCAAGCCGGAACUCGCUGAUCACAGUGAACCGUACGCAACGACUGAUUCGUUCCUUUUGUGUGCCUUCGAGCAGGGUCCUCUGGCAUGCGUACGCUUUGUCGGCGGCGCUGGACUCAAAGGUGACGUGCACACCUCCGGGCUCACGGCGGAUGUGUUGGUGCACAAAUAUAUUUCGUUGAAUCAGGUCGAAAAAGCGAUCAACAUCCUACUCAGCCUUAACUGGGACACGUACGGUGCAAUGUGUUUACUGUCGCUACACCGGAUAGCGAACUAUAUCUUCAAACAACCCCUUGGCACCGAGCGAGAACUACAGCUGCAGAAAGCCCUAGGUAGCUUUUUGGUGCCCGUGAAGGCAUUGUGCUACGAGACGGAGCAAGAGUUCGGCGAUCAGGUGAAUGACUUAACGUUAAAGUUUUUUCAUCACCUGCUGCGCAACAAAUCGUACAACAAGGCAUUCAGCUUGGCGAUCGACAUUAACGAUGCGGAUCUGUUUCUGAAGUUGCACGACAAAGCGAAAGUGGACGGCGAUCCGGAACUGGCGCGAGAAGCUUUACGGAAGGUGGAAGAUAUUAAUCGCAUCUGCACGGACCGAUCGAGCGACAGUGAACAUUCACUAUGCUCGAAUUCAUCCUGUUCGAUGUGUGCGGAUAGUUUCGAUGACGACGAGGGGGACGAUGAUGGCAACGAUGCUGGUGACGGUGAGGAGGACGGUUGUGCUGAUGAAGAGGAUGACAGCGAAGCAGGCAGAGAAGUAGACGCUGAAGAGGAGUUCGAUGUAGAAAUUGCCAGACGAAGUGAACGGCCGCCCGUAAAUGGAGUUCGUCGAGAAACCAUUGAAAGAAAAGGACGAUCAAGCGACGCACGUUCGGCACAUGUCAGUACAACAAAUGCGACUGAUGUUGGUGAACGAAGUUUUCGGACAUUCUCCACCUCAUCUAGCUCGUCGAAAUCAUCACAAACACAUCAGAAUCCCGGCUGGCGGGGUCGGAAGGACGAACGACCGAACGGGAUGGCAAUAGGAAAGACACUCGCGCAUCCUCCGUUACCGCAGAUGGUGGACGGAUCGCCGUUGGCAAUGGGUGCGAGUAGAUCGCUGCACGUCAACAAACCACAAUCGGACUACUUCGUACAGCAAGAUCGGCCACCGUUACCGUAUGUCGCCAAAAACGCGUCUCACCAUAUGUCGGCCGCUGGGAUUACCCCAUUCGCCAUACAACGAAGCCAAACCGCCCUGGCCCUAAAGCUGUCGAAACAGCAGCAGGCACGGAUAGCAGAGAGUAAGUUGAGGGGCAAAUCUCUCAGCUCGAGCAACCUACUACUGCUGGCGGAUGAAGGGUCUUGCGGAAUGGUAACAGCUGCCAACCGUCCCCGACAGCUGGCGAAUCCUCGUGAAAAAGCGGCACGCUUUCGGCUUUAUUCGUCCAACGCCAACAGUCUAUCGAUGGAUCAGUUAGACGUUUCGAAUCGAACUGUUAGUCGUGGACUACCGAGUUCGGUUGCUCCCCCGCUGUACACCGCUGAUUAUGGCGAGGCGAGAACCGGAGGGCAACCAAUGACCACUGCACGCUUUAUUGGACCUCCACCCGCUUAUCACCAUCAAGAUCCAUUGCACUUGGUGCAACCACAACAACCACACCAGCAGCUGCUUGUUAUCGAUGUCGUUCCUAAACCUCCUGCGAGCAGUGCGUUUGGUGGGAUCCCAACACACCCAGUAGGAUACCCGUCGCAAGGCGUCCAAGCCAAUGGCGGCAUGCUGUCGGGUGGGGCAUCAUCGCAUUCAGCACCCGUCAGUAUUCUCGAUCAAACGAUCGGUAUUCCGCUGGUACAAGAUGAGCCAGAUUUUGUUCGACGACCGGGUCGAAAACCGCAACCUUGGUUUAAUGCCGUCGGAGGAGCUCCGACGAGCAGCUCGAACAGUAAUAAUGGCCCUCGCACCAUCAUUCACCAAUACCCGCUGAUUUCGGGAAACAUUCCGUCGAAACUUCAGCUACAACAGCAGCACCACCAUCAGCAACCAUUCGAGUUGCAGCUAACAACGGCUGCGAUGGGAAAAUAUGGGACGAGAAAAAAGCUGGACACUCCGACGGCUUCGAUCCUAUCGAAUGGAGGCGGCCUCGCUGGCGCGGGACAGUCACAGUCGGCAGUGAAUCCCGGCGGCAUUGGCAACGGUCCUGGAGGUCUAAGUGGUGCCACCAGUCAACACCUAAUGGUCGGCGGUAACUCGGCAGGCGGAAGCAGUGGAGCAUCCUCCUCCUCGUCCGCCAUCACGAAACGCGAUGGAGGCGAAAAGAAUAAGGUCAAAUUCUCUGACACCGUCACGGUUGCCGUUGUGCCGGAAAUACCACGGAAGGAGAAACUGAUUGUCGAAAAGCUUCGAAAACAACCAAUGAUGCUGCCGACCGGUGGGAGUUCGGUAGGCUACGGACCGUUUUCCAUUGCCGAUCCCAAACGUGAGCUGGCAGAAAGUUUACCGCUGUGCCAUCCGAACGAGGACUAUUUGAAGGACUUCACACCGAUGCAAGAACUUAUCAGCAACAGUAACGGCGAGAUGGAGAAAAAGGAAGAAGAAAAAAAGGUUCCCAACAUUAAAGUUGUCCACUUUGGGGUGGUGUAGCGUGACGGUGUCAUGCGGGAUGACAAAACGGUCCCAGGGUCGAAACGAAACAGUAUUUUGUGUAUGGUUUUACAGGUUGUACAUUAUCUGUGUAUUUAUGUUUUUUUACAAAUUUUAUGUUCAAUUGUUGUCCGUCCAAUGUUGAUUACUUCCGGAAG